GUGUGCCUGUGCGUGCGUGCGCGCGUGUUCGUACGUCUUCUUGUCGUAUUUGUUUACAAAUAAGAGAUAAAUACAUCAUUUUCAUCGUUGUCAUCAUUGUUAUUGAUAACCUUUAAGUUGUUGACUUUCCUAGAAGGAUCAGGACUAAUGGCGAGGUUGACAACAUGCAGUUCUGUGUGUGUCUCGAGCUUUGACGAGAGCGAAGUUGUGAGCCCACCUCUCCCCAAAAAUGGCGAAGCAGGCUUCACAAAGAAGAAGUAAGGGAAAGAGAAAAAGAAAAAAAGCCCUCUCCGUGUUUACUCAAGCAGGAUGCUAGACUCCCUCGUCACAUUAGCAAACAGUCGCCCCGAACGGGCCAAGCCUGUCCCGGGCUGCUGAGAGUGGUAGAUGCAGCGGGAGCGGUCACAGGUCAACUUCCUUCUCGUCUGGCCUGCGGUGUACACCUACAGUCACAGGCUCGAACAGAAUCCUAGACCCAGACUUCAGCAGUCCAAUCUCUCAUCUUCCCCUUCUACCCUCUUGGUCUGCAUACGUGGAUACGUUUGUAUGUAUGAAGUUAGCCAAUGGAUCUUAGCCCGCUCACGGUGAUAAUACACGCAUCUUCCAGUCUUACUCUGAAUAAUUUUUAUUUAUUUAUUUUGGUGGGAGGUGUGUAGCAAAGGAGUCACAUUUGACAAGAGUGUAGAAUAUUACCUGAAGCCUCAGAUCACAUUGGCAGAAAAAAAGUUGAGGUCAAACUCAAGCAGGAGUAGCCCCCUACCCUCUUCCAGCUGUCGCCUCUGAUAGGAAGUUGAUUCAUUGCUCACGACUGAGGCUGAGGGCACUACAGGUGAAGUCCUGGUCGAAUCUUCGUGAGAAAAAGCAAUUGUCACGAAGGACAGGUAGCAGGCCGUGACUUGCCUGACCACCGACAGGGAACUGCCGACAUCUCCACCUCUGUGUCUAAUGAUUCACAACAUGCAUUUUUACCUGGCAGUUUUUGGCUGCGUUCUUCUAACAGGAACGGCCGGCCAGGUGACCCUGCGCGAUGACCUCGAGAGAACAAAGAGCCCCUUCGACGUCCCUGAAGAUGUUCUCUUUGAAUCUGCCACGCGCGAGGACGUGGAGGUUGUGACAAGCUUCGCCCUUCGUCAGGACGCCCUGCAGGCCAAUGACGUCAUGCCAGACGCGCGCAGCGGUGCCAACAGCGUGUCGCCAGUCCUGCAGGCGGCGCCAGUUCCCUGUGACGUCAUUUCCAACAGCGGCUGCCAGGUGUCUGGCUUCGAGAGGUGCCUAGAACCUGGAUACUGCGGGUGUUUGAACGGCUAUCUGAGGCAACCGGACACAGGAAAUUGCGUUGCGGCACAAUUUUUCCAAGGAGAGAUCAGCUUUGUUGACAGGUUCUCUGAGAAACUCUUGGACAAAAAUGGGCAAGAUUUCAAGAAUUUGGCCAACGCUGUUCGUCAAGUGGUUAUGAAAGCACUUAUAUCGCAAGGAACAAGGGGUGUUCUGGAUGUAUACGUGACUUCUAUUUCCCGUAACCUGAACACGAAGCGGGUGACAGUGAAGUGGGAGCUAGCUGUCACCUCAGCGUUCAACCCUAAACGAGAAGACUUGAUGGCCGCCUACAACAAAGGCAUUGUGGACGCAGCCUACGUCGACACGACUGAUUCCCUCAUCAAGAUCACCGACACCAGUCUAGUGCUCGGCAACAACGGCACCAUGGCCACCUUCCUUCAGCCAAUCAUGGAGUUCAGCCAUUGUGUGGACAAGAAUCACAACUACUGUGCCGCCAAUGCUGACUGCUUUCACAGUCUGGCGUCCUUCCAGUGCGCGUGCCGCGCGGGGUUUGAUGAUGUGUCGCCUGCGGUCAGCAUCACACCAGGAGAGACCUGCAUUGAAUCCUGUGGCUGCGAAAACAACGGCACGUGUCAAAGAGACGGAACAGGAAGCACAAAAUGCAGAUGUCCAGACUGGUAUUUAGGCAGCACCUGCGGAGUGAAUGGGAAAGACGUUCUGAUCAUCUGCUGCAGCGUCAUUGGUUGUCUCAUUAUACUAACGGUGAUUCUCUGCGUAUUCUGCUUUUGUACUUCGUGCAGCAAAGACAGGUGCGCUUUGUGCAGGAAGUCUAGCCGCAGCAGCACUGUGGGUGUGGGCAGUCUAGACACCAGUGUGGUCAAGCUGCCCCGAGUGUGGAUGGAGGGACCGCGACCCUACGAGAUGCCCCCACGUGACAUGCGUCGCUGGAGCUACGUGUCCGAACCCGUCAGAUAUGUCGAUGAAUAUAUGAUGGAUGACUACGUGCACGCCGAGACCCUCCCUCUGCCUCGUUCGCAAGAUGCCAAGAAGAAGUACUAUGCUGCCUAUCAAGUGGGCGGGACACUUAACCAUGGCUACAGCAGCUCUACCCUGUCCGCUCGUCCUAUGCCGAGACACUGACAGGAUGGCCAACAGCACGUGUCUUUGACUGGAGAGUACGUCAGGCAUGAAGAUCGUUUACUGGCCGGUGCUUCUCUGGUUUGUUUCGCACACCGACGGUUAACAUUGUUGAUUCACCCAUGUAAACAUUUUUUCUAAACAUCCUUAAAAAAACCAACAACCUCUGGAUAUUUUUGUAAUGGUUGCUUGCUCUCCUGUCCUAUGCAUGCUAAAAUUAUGUUUACAAAAUGGAAUAUGUGUUUGUUCAGGUAAAGAUGCCAAGAUGAGGUUUGAGAAACGAUAUAAUGGUUACAUGAGGGUUAGAAGGCUAGGCAUGUAUAAGAGAAGAGGGGGAGGGUAGAGACAGAUUUCAGUUGCUUUCAAUCUAAAAUAAUCAUCUUCCGGCGCCCCUCAGUGUACGGCAGUUACAGGUGUAUAUGUCAGCUUUGAUAUGUACAUACAAGGCGAGUUGCAUUUCUACUUCAUAGAAUUUUUGUAUAUUUAUUAUGUUUGUACUUGUUUGCACCUAAGAAAAAAAUUUGUUAUAUGAAUAUAAUGGCGAGGUUUUAAAAAAUGUACUUGUUUGCGCAGCUCUCAAUCCAUCAUGGCUUAACAGUUAUUUACAAACUCAAGUCUGCCAAAGACGAGUGUUUCCUCAUGUAAAUAAAUGACAAACUUUUUGGCGUGAGACACCUUAAAAGUGUUGAGUGGUGGUAUUUAGAAGAUUAGAGCUGAGUAAAAAGAGUCAUUACUAUACAAAUGCUGUGCUUUCCCCGCAGUUGCUUUGGCUGUUAUUACAGUUACGUGUUGUGGUGAUGUGUAUACUAUAUACUAGAGUGCUUGGUAGAGUUUCCAAGAAGUUAAAGCUUCGUCACACUUUCAGACAUAGUACAGAUGACAAUGUUUUUGUGACAUUAUUGAGCAGAUAUACAAUUAUGUAGGUAGAGAAGAGAAGAUAAAAGGCAACAAUUAAAACUACCAAUCAUUCAAUGUCUGCUUGUAUGUGAUGUGUGAGUGUUCGUGCGUGCCUGCGCAAAUGUUAGACGAGUAUAAACAUAAUGUUUACUAGAAAAGUUCAUACCCUGCCAUUAACUGAAUAUUGUUGUUGCUUGACAGCUGAUAACAGAGAAACGAUGUCAUUGAUGAUGACAAAAAUAUAGUCUAUGUUAUUGUUUUCAUUCCAUAACUUUUGCCGGCUGAAGUACUUCGUUGGCUUGUGUUUUUUUUUUUAUUAUUCUUAUCCUAAAGCAUCCAUCUGUCCUGUGAAAGAAUUGUUUAUUUAUAAACGCUGUCACUAACUUUGCUGUAGUUUUUAUUCUGUCUUCCACAUUAUCCACACGUAUCGGAGAAUCACAGAGAAGAAACGGUUUUGCAACAAAAUGAAUUCAAAAGUCAAAUGUGUCUACGCAAACUAAAUAUUUUAUAUCUCCUUACAGCUAUGGUGCUGUGUUCCUUCGAUCAUUAAAACUUACGAGUACAUGGUUAUAGAACCGGUGUACUUUAACUCUUUAAUUCUUACGGUUAACGCUAUGACUUUUUGUAGAUAUGUACAAUAUGAUAGUUAUUUUUUAUUUUGUACAUUUAUACAUAGAAUAAAGAAAAAGCUUUUUUGA